GUCAAGAAUGGAGCACAGCAGCACCAAGUGCCAGGCACCCACCACAAAGCUGGGAAUUAGCGAGCCAGCACCUUCUACCAGUGCCUGACCGCCUGCCACCUCGAGGCAGAAAAAAAGUCACCAGCAGAGUCCCGCAUCUGAAGUUCCCGGGGCCAGGUCAAUCUCGAGAACACUCCACGUCAGGUCGCUAAUCCAAUAACCUUACCGACCGAUACCCCCUCACGAACCCCUCGACGACCUCAAGCCAACAUGUCUGCGGCGCAACUGCUCAACCCCAAGGCCGAAUCGAGGCGGCGGGGUGAAGCCCUGAAGGUCAACAUCAGUGCUGGUGAAGGCCUCCAGGAUGUCCUCAAGUCCAACCUCGGCCCUCUGGGCACCAUCAAGAUGCUUGUCGAUGGCUCCGGUCAAAUCAAGUUGACAAAAGACGGAAACGUUCUCCUCCGCGAGAUGCAAAUACAGAACCCUACUGCCGUCAUGAUCGCCCGAGCUGCGACUGCACAAGAUGAUAUCUGCGGAGACGGUACGACAUCAGCUGUCCUCUUGAUCGGAGAGCUCCUGAAGCAGGCGGAUCGUUAUAUCUCGGAGGGACUGCACCCUAGAAUUAUUACGGAUGGUUUCGAGAUCGCCAAGAACGAGGCGUUGAAGUUCCUCGACGGCUUCAAGCUCGAGAAGGAGGUCGACCGCGAGCUGCUUCUUUCCGUGGCCCGCACGUCGCUUUCCACCAAGCUCAACUCCAACCUUGCGGCCAAGCUCACCCCCGAUAUUGUCGAUGCUGUCCUCGCUAUCUACCAGGCCCCUGCCAAGCCCGAUUUGCACAUGGUUGAAAUCAUGAAGAUGCAGCACCGGACCGCCUCCGACACCCAGUUGAUCAAGGGUCUUGCCCUCGACCACGGCGCCCGCCACCCCGACAUGCCCAAGCGCCUUGAGAACGCCUACAUCUUGACGAUGAACGUCAGCUUGGAGUACGAGAAGUCUGAGAUCAACUCUGGAUUCUUCUACUCCAGCGCAGAGCAGAGAGACAAGUUGGUGGAGAGCGAGCGCCGUUUCGUCGACGCUAAGCUCAAGAAGAUUGUCGAGCUGAAGAAGGAAGUUUGCGGAAACGACCCCACCAAGAACUUUGUCAUCAUCAACCAGAAGGGUAUUGACCCUCUGUCUCUCGACGUCCUGGCGAAGAACGGUAUUCUCGCCCUGCGUCGUGCCAAGAGAAGAAACAUGGAGAGAUUGCAGCUCAUCUGCGGCGGUAUUGCACAGAACAGUGUUGACGACCUGUCACCCGAGUCCCUGGGAUGGGCUGGUCUCGUCUACGAGCAGACUCUUGGCGAGGAGAAGUACACCUUUAUUGAGGAGGUUAAGGAGCCCAAGUCCGUCACCCUUCUGAUCAAGGGCCCCAACGCACACACCAUCACUCAAGUCACGGACGCUGUCCGUGACGGUCUGCGCAGUGUCUACAAUAUGAUUGUUGACAAGAGUGUUGUCCCCGGUGCCGGCGCUUUCCAGGUUGCCUGCGCGGCACACCUCAAGAGCGAUGCCUUCUCCAAGACGGUGAAAGGUAAAGCCAAGUGGGGUGUCGAGGCUUUCGCCGAUGCUCUUCUCAUUAUUCCCAAGACUCUCGCUGCCAAUGCAGGUCUUGACAUCCAGGAUGCUCUCGCUGCUAUGCAGGAUGAGCACGCUGAUGGCAACAUCGUGGGCUUGGACCUGGCAACGGGUGAGCCUAUGGACGCAGAGCUCGAGGGUAUCUUCGACUCCUUCAGAGUACUCAGAAACUGCAUCGCCUCGAGCUCAAGCAUUGCAUCCAACCUGCUCCUGUGCGACGAAUUGCUGAAGGCAAGACAGAUGGGCAGAGCGGGAGGUCCUGGCCCUGGUAUGGACGGUCCUGAGGAGUAAAGAGUUUGAUGGAUUCCAAUGUAAAAAGUGUUGGCACGGUAGACAAAAGGCGUUGAUCUUAGACCUGUCAAAGCUGAGAACUGGAAUGAUAUCCAAACUUGAAGACAA